GUGCGUUGAGAGACUGCACUUACAGGGGCGAGUGCAGCGCCUAAGUCGACCUAUGGAGUCGACCUGUACCAGCAAACACCGCAUGGUAGUUAACGACUACCUCCAGGAUGUAGAGUGUAGUUUUCCGUACGCGGGAGGGGACUUGAGGCAUCGUGUCUCGUUCCUAGUGAGGGAUGAACUCCCCAUGGACAUGUUGUUAGGUAUGUACUACCUCUCUGUGGUACAGCCCCAGUUUUACUGGGACCGAAAAGUGGUCAAACACAAUCUGCCAGGUGGAGGGACCGUCAGAUUACAUAAGUUCAAAGCUAGUAGUCUGAUUGAGUCCUACGGGGGCAUGUGUGCGGCCGCGUUCUACAAUUAUUAUAAGCAAAAUCCGGGGGAGAAUAUGUAUCUAGUUUACGUCUCUGCUGCGGGCGAGCCGGUAAAAAUGCCGCCAGAGAUAGAGAGAGUAGUUGCCAAGUACCCUGAUCUAUUUGAGGAGCCUACAGGGGUUGUUGAGAGCGAGGUCGUCCAUGCUAUAGAGAUUAAACCAGGGUCUAGUAUUCCGAAGGGUAGGAUCUAUCGGAUGUCUCUAGGCGAGCUUGAUGAGCUUCGUCGCCAACUCAAGGAACUCGUAGAAAAGGGUUGGAUCCGGCCGAGUGUCUCUCCUUAUGGGUCUCCUGUUCUAUUUGUACCUAAGAAGAAGGAGGGCACUCUCAGGAUGUGCAUUGACUAUAGGGGCCUCAAUGUCAUCACUGUGAAGAACAGAGAGCCCCUACCUCGCAUCGACGAUAUGCUAGAUAGAGUGCAAGGGUGCCGGUACUUCAGUAAAAUAGAUCCGAAGUCUGGGUACCAUCAUAUUGCAAUCCGGCCCGAGGAUCAACACAAAACCGCUUUUCAGACCAGGUACGGCCUGUACGAGUUUGUGGUGAUGCCUUUUGGCCUUGGCAAUACUCGUGACACCUUUCAGCACGCUAUGAAUCGGAUAUUCCAUGACUACUUGGAUAAGUUUGUCAUCGUGUACCCCGAUGACAUACUUAUUUUUAGUAAGACUGUCGAGGAACAUGUCGCACACUUGGACAAAGUCCUCGGUCUCCUGCAACAGCACAAGUUCAAGAUCAACGGUGAGAAGUGCGAGUUUGGCCGCACCCGUGUCUUGUACUUGGGUCAUGAGAUCUCCGCGGAAGGGUUGAAGCCCGAUGACGCGAAGGUGGCCAACAUUCGUGAUUGGGCACGUCCUCAGUCCGUGACAGAGAUGAGUUCUUUCUUAGGGAUGACAGGCUACUACAAAACUUUUGUAAAGAACUAUAGCAUUGUGGCCGCUCCUUUGACUGAUCUGACCCGCCUUGACACCCUUUGGGAGUGGACAGAUGAGUGCGAAGCUGCUUUUAGACAUCUAAAGCAUGCAUUGACACACUAUGAGAUCUUGAAACUUCCUGAUUUUGAUAAUCCGUUCAUAGUCACCACGGAUGCCAACGAAUAUGGUAUUGGCGCCGUGCUCGCGCAACAGGAGAGGCCAAAGUUGAAGCCAGUAGAGUACAUGUCCAAGAAAAUACCGUCUCAGAAGUUUGCUAAGUCCAGUUAUGAGAAGGAACUCUAUGCGGUGUACAAGGCUCUCACCCAUUGGAAACACUAUCUCCUUGGGCGGUUCUUCAUCCUCAGGACUGAUCUUCAGACCCCGAGAUGGAUGAGAACCCAACCGGUACUUUUUGACGCUCUCAAGCGUUGGAUCAAAAUCAUUGAACAAUAUGACUUUGAUCCUCAAUAUCUCAAAUGGGAGUACAACAAGGUUGCUGAUGCCUUGUCGCGCAGGCCAGACUUCUCAGGUGCGCUAAUUACUGAGUUCGAUCUGACGGAUGACGUUACUCAGUCUUUGGUGGAAGCCUAUCGCAAGGAUCAAUUUAUGUCUGAGAUUAUACGCAGACUUGAGGCGAAGGAUAAAAAGACCUCCGCUGAGUUUGACUUGGUCAAUGGCUUGUUGUUUCUCGAGAAGGAAGGGAAUAAACGUCUGUGUGUUCCUAGUUGAGAAUCUUUAGUUUGUUUUUUGGCGAGUGUCAUGACGCCACCGACCAUUUUGGGUUGAAGAAAACCGCAACCAAUUUGCUG